ACGCACCUGGGCCGCCGCCCUGCGGCCCCUCCUCCCGCCGCCGGGAAGACGAAAGCCCGGGAGGGGGCGCGGCCCGGCCUUCGCCCGCCGUCCCCAGCCGCGGCGCGCACAGCUGCGACCCGCGCGCCCCGCUCCGCCGCCCUGGCCCGGGCCGCCAUGUCUCUGUGGAAGAGAACCCUCUACAAAAGUGUGUGUCUGGCCCUGGCUCUCCUAGUGGCAGUGACAGUAUUCCAGCGCAGUCUGACCCCCAGUCAGUUUCUGCAGGAACCUCUACCACUCCUUCUGGAGCCACUGAAGACCCAGAAGCCAAGUGGACAUCUUGUGAACCCCAACAGCUUCUGGAAGAAGCCAAAUAAUGUACUGGUGCCCACCCCCAUGCCCUCUCAGGGGCCCCAGACCUGGGACAUUACCACCACCAACUGCUCGGCCAACGUCAACCUGACACAACAGUCCUGGUUUCAGGGCUUGGAGCCACACUUCCGGCAGUUUCUGACCUAUCGGCACUGCCGGUACUUCCCCAUCCUAAUGAACCACCCAGAAAAGUGCGGAGGGGGUGAUGUCUACCUGCUGAUAGUGGUCAAGUCGGUCAUCACCCAGCAUGACCGCCGCGAGGCCAUCCGCCAGACCUGGGGCCGCGAGUGGGAGACUGCAGGUGGGGGUCGGGGCGCUGUGCGCACCCUCUUUCUGCUGGGCACAGCCUCCAAGCAGGAGGAGCGGACCCACUACCAGCAGCUGCUGGCCUAUGAGGACCGCCUCUAUGGGGACAUCCUGCAGUGGGACUUCCUCGACAGCUUCUUCAACCUGACCCUCAAAGAGAUCCACUUCCUCAAGUGGCUUGACAUCUACUGCCCCAGCGUCCCCUUUGUCUUCAAAGGCGAUGAUGACGUUUUUGUCAACCCCACCAACCUGCUUGAGUUUCUGGCUGACCGGCAGCCACAGGAGAACCUGUUCGUGGGUGACAUCCUGCAGCAUGCACGACCCAUCCGCAGGAAGGAUAACAAGUACUACAUUCCCACCGUCCUGUACAGCAAGACCAGCUACCCACCCUAUGCAGGCGGCGGGGGCUUCCUCAUGGCCGGCAGUCUGGCCCGGCGCUUGCGCCAUGCCUGUGACACCCUGGAACUCUACCCCAUCGAUGACGUCUUCCUAGGCAUGUGCCUGGAGGUGCUGGGGGUGCAGCCCACCGCCCACGAGGGCUUCAAGACCUUCGGUAUAUCUCGGAACCGCAACAGCCGGAUGAACAAGGAGCCCUGCUUUUUCCGCAACAUGCUGGUGGUGCACAAGCUGCUGCCCGCUGAGCUGCUGGCCAUGUGGGGGCUGGUGAAUGGCAACCUCACCUGCUCCGUCAAGCUGCAGGUGCUCUGACAGCACUGGGCCACCAGG